GAAUCCAAUAAAUUGUGCAUUAACAUCUCAGAAUUUGAUUCGAAAGUAAGGUCUGAAUUUAGUCCUUACAUUUACUUAAAAUUAGGUCCUUUUUGGUUUGUACUGAAAUGAAGGUUUUUCUGUUCUUGGCCCUAAUUGUGAAGAUAAUGGCUGAAGCAAAAGGAGAUUGUGAUGUGAUUCCUAUUACGCAGUGGGGAGAUUCACCUCUUAAAAGGGAGGAUCCUCUUCCAAAUCCAGUGAACAUUGUGGUCGUUCAACACACUGUGGUACCGGAGUGUAACAAUGAUGAAGAGUGUGAGAAAGCAGCCAAUGGAAUCAGGAGCUACCACAUCAACAAACGUGGAUUCACUGAUAUAGGACAAUCGUUCCUGAUUGGUGGAAAUGGGAGAGUUUAUGAAGGAGCCGGCUGGCAUCAUGUUGGGGCACAUACUUUGGGAUACAAUGCAAGAUCUGUGGGGAUCUCCUUUAUUGGCGAUUUUAGAACAAAAUUACCAACACCACAAGCUCUGAAAGCCUUUAACAGUCUGCUGGAAUGUGGAGUCACGAACAAUUAUCUGUCAAAGGACUAUCACCUGGUGGCCCAUAGUCAGCUCUCUAUGACUGACAGUCCCGGAGAUAUGUUGAGGAAGCAGGUGGAAUCGUGGCCUCAUUGGCUGGAUAAUGCCAAAGACAUACUUAAGUAGACGAUAACUAAA